CCUGUCAGUACAGUGGCUCUCUUCCUAUACUCAAACAUCUGGUAGAGAAUCAUCAGUUAGAUCUGUGUGCUGUGAAUGAUGAGGGAAUGGCUCCUAUUCACAUAGCAUGUUUAAAAGGAAGGAAGGAGUUGGUCCAGUACAUUAUAAAACAUUUAACAUCACAAAAUGGAAGUCAAGUGAUUGACAAUAUUCUCAAACAUAAAAAUAAUAACGGCAGGACACCAUUGCAUUAUGCCUGUGAGAGUGGUAAUAUUCAAUUGGUCACAUUUCUAAUAAAUGAUAUGAAAUGUGAUGUCAAUGCUAAAGAUACAGAUGACAGUACGUGUGUCAUGUAUGCCUGUUUCUCAGGUAAUCUUGAUCUAGUACAAUUACUAAUACAACAGUAUAAGCUUGAGCCUAUCAGUACUAAUAACACUGGAUUCUCAGUAUUACAUGCAGCAGCACAGACUGGUCAUACUCAUAUACUGGAAUGGUACAGUCAGGAGUAUAGUGUGGAUAUUACUAAUCACACUGACAAUAACAAGUACACACUAGCUCAUUCAGCUGCUUAUAAUGGUAAGCUACAUUGUCUACAGGAACUGAUCAACAAGUAUCAGUGUGAUGUUAAUGCCACUAACACUGAUACUGGUAGUACAGUUCUUCAUGAAGCAUGUGAAGGAGGCCAUGUUCCUGUUGUACUUUAUCUCACUAGUCUUCCUCAGUGUAAUGUAGUAGCUAAGACUUCUAAUGGAUCAACAGUUCUUCACAUUACCUGUGAGUACAGUGGCUCUCUUCCUAUACUCAAACAUCUGGUAGAGAAUCAUCAGUUAGAUCUGUGUGCUGUGAAUGAUGAGGGAAUGGCUCCUAUUCACAUAGCAUGUUUAAAAGGAAGGAAGGAGUUGGUCCAGUACAUUAUAAAACAUUUAACAUCACAAAAUGGAAGUCAAGUGAUUGACAAUAUUCUCAAACAUAAAAAUAAUAACGGCAGGACACCAUUGCAUUAUGCCUGUGAGAGUGGUAAUAUUCAAUUGGUCACAUUUCUAAUAAAUGAUAUGAAAUGUGAUGUCAAUGCUAAAGAUACAGAUGACAGUACGU